AUGCAAGUCAAGAGUUUCAAAUCUGCCCAGGUCAUCAAGGGUGUGCAUAUCCGAAAAGCCACCAAAUACCUGAAAGAUGUCACUUCGAGGAAGAAAUGUGUGCCAUUCCAGUGGUACAAUGGGGGAGUUGGCAGGUGCACCCAGUGGGGCUGGACACAGGGUCUGCGGUCAAAAAAGAGUGCUGAAUUUUUGCUGCGCAUGCUAAAAAAUGCAGAGAGUAAUGCUGAGCUUAAGGGUCUAGACGUAGAUUCUCUGGUCAUCGAACACAUCCAGGUGAACAAAGCACCUAAGAUGUGUAAACGAACUUACAGAGCUCACAGCCGGAUUAACCCACACAGGAGUUUCCCCUGCCACAUCGAGAUGAUCCUCACGGAGAAGGAACAGAUUGUUCCAAAGCCAGAAGAGGAGGUUGCACAGAAGAAAAAGAUAUCCCAGAAGAAACUGAAGAAACAAAAACUUACGGUACGGGAAUAA